AUAAGAAACAUUUAGAAAAAAAAUUUUUUUAUCGAAUUUGUAUUAAAUUAAUCCAAGGAAAGAAAGAAAUAUUUGGGAAUGCCGAUUGAAAAUUUGGAAGAGGAAGGGUUGGAGAAAAAUCCCAACUUGGAAUUGGCUCAGUACAAAUUUUUGCUAACUUUGCCUGAGCACAAACAAGAUGGGGCCUUGCAGACCAAAUUGCUGGAAGCCGUGAAGGCAGAAAACAUGGCUCCGUAUUAUGAAUACUUGUGCACUGAAUUGAAUUGGACUGUGGAUAAAUUAUUAUUGUCGCUUAUGCGUGAACAAAAUCGUAUCGAUUUGGAGAAAUUAGAUGAAGCUAUCGAAGACGCCGAGAAGAAUCUCGGUGAAAUGGAAGUACGGGAAGCUAAUCUCAAGAAAUCGGAAUAUCUUUGUCGCAUAGGUGAUAAAGCGGGUGCAGAAUCAGCGUUUUGUAAAACUUAUGAAAAGACUGUAUCUCUUGGCCAUCGUCUUGAUAUAGUAUUUCAUUUGAUACGUUUGGGUUUAUUCUAUUUGGAUCAUGAUCUAAUUACUCGCAACAUAGAUAAAGCUAAAUAUUUAAUUGAAGAGGGUGGCGACUGGGAUCGCCGUAACCGCUUGAAAGUUUAUCAAGGUGUGUACUCAGUAGCGAUACGAGAUUUUAAGGCUGCUGCAACUUUCUUUUUGGAUACGGUCAGCACAUUCACUUCUUACGAACUGAUGGAUUAUCCCACUUUCGUACGGUAUACUGUAUAUGUUGCCAUGAUCGCUUUACCGCGCAAUGAAUUACGUGAUAAAGUAGUUAAAGGAGCAGAAAUCCAAGAAGUUCUACAUGGUCUGCUGGAUGUCAAACGUUAUUUGUUUUCACUCUAUAACUGUCAGUACGCCGAUUUCUUCAAAUAUCUAGCUGAAGUGGAAACAAUUUUACGCAACGAUUAUUUAGCUCACCCCCAUUACCGAUUUUAUGUGCGUGAAAUGCGUAUAUUAGCUUAUACACAAUUGCUUGAAUCUUAUCGUUCGCUUACCUUGCAAUACAUGGCUGAAGCGUUUGGCGUAAACGUGGAUUAUAUUGAUCAGGAGUUGUCGCGUUUCAUAGCAGCUGGACGUCUGCACGCUAAGGUUGAUCGUGUGGGUGGUAUAGUGGAAACCAAUCGCCCCGACAGCAAAAACUGGCAAUAUCAGGCUACUAUUAAACAAGGUGAUCUCUUAUUAAACCGCAUACAAAAGCUUAGUAGGGUAAUUAAUAUCUAAGUAAAACGCCAGAUACCCCAGAAUUUAUAUUUUAUUGUAUAAAAAAAAAAAAACAAUAAAGAAAACUUUACAUAAUUUUUUUUUAAUGUUUC